GUGACCUGAUAGCUGGGUACGGUCUCGGAGGGACGUCUUAUAAAAGGUACAUGAGUCUGUGGGAGUAUCACACCCUGAGCAGAGAGACAACAGAAAUGGUAAGCCGUGCUUAUUACGUUAUGUUUUAGUUGAUUUGAUGCGAUUGAUGUUAGUAUUUAUAUUCUAUUUUAUGUAUUUAUAUAACUUAACUUAUAUUGUCUGUGUGUUGUUUGCUGUGUUUUAGGGUUAGAAUGCCAAAUACAUUUCCAGUAUGUAAAUUCAGUGGACGAUAAAGUUUGAUCUAUCCAUGUUUUCCUUUUUAUUUCAUAUCGAUAUGACAUCUAGUCUUUUCCCAAAUUUGUAUCUGGCAUGACAGGGGUUCAUCUUGCAUAUUAGAUUCUGCAAAAUCCAAAUUCAUUCUAUUAAAUUAAAUUUCUCUUUAUAUUCGGUGCCAAGAGUAACUCAAUUCAAAUUAUUAUAUAUAUAUAUCAACACACAUUAUUCCUCAACUGCUUUAUUUUGAUUAUUUUACUGGAUUGUAUAUCUGGGAACAUUGAUACCGGUUUGCUGCAGCCGGUUUUGCCAGAUUCGGUAGGAAAAUCUGGCCCCAUCUGGCAACCCUGCUUGUGAACAUACAGGACUUAAAUUCUUCCUCUAUUCGCUGAAUUUGAAUAUAACCGGAAACAGCCUGUGAAUAAAAACAUAAAGUUAUCUAAUUGCACAGCAAAUGGAAGGCAAAUGGAUGAGAAAGGUGUUUUACCGGAGAGAUGUACCUGUUUAUUCCACCCUAGUACGGCUUCAUCAACACCUGCCUCAAGUCCCUGGUGACGGAGAAGUUUGGAGAGGAGACCUGGGAGAAGCUCAGCUCCCUGGCUGAGGUUCAGGACACCUUCAUGACCUACGAGGUCUACGACGACACUGUGACCCUGCGGCUCGUCAAGGAGGCCUGCAGCAUGCUGGACGUGUCCCCCGAGGUGGUCCUGAAGCUGUUCGGGGAACACUUCUUCAGCUUCUGUAAGCAGGCGGGCUACGACACCAUGUUGAGAACCCUAGGGGGCAACCUCACCGAGUUCAUAGAGAACCUGGACGCCCUGCACAGCUACCUGGCCCUCUCCUACCAGGAGAUGAACGCGCCCUCGUUCCGCGUGGAGAAGAUUGAGGGGGACGGCAUGCUGCUGCAUUACUACUCAGACCGCAAAGGACUCUACCACAUAGUGCCAGGGAUCAUCGAGGCGGUGGCAAAGGACUUCUUUGACAGCGAGGUCACCAUGACGAUCCUCAACCAAUCAGAGGAGGACGAGCGCACGGGCAAGAAGGAGCACGUGGUGUUCCUGGUGAAGCAGCAGAAGCGUAGCGCCGCCCUUGUGGUGGAGAAGGGGCAGCGGCGGGCCAAGGACCCCCAACAGCAAGCGGAUGCCUUUAAGGGGAUGCAGGGACGGUGUCCCGGCCUCUCGGGGCCCCCACCCAGUGGACAGGGGCCCCUGCCCCGGGGGGUGAGGAGCCACUGGGGUCUGGUCCGCAGCGUGGUCCUCUGGGGGAAAGAGAACCUACGCUACACCUUUACCCCGUCCUACCCUGACAAGCUGUGGAUGGAGGAGAAAGCUUUCUGCAACGCGUUCCCCUUCCACAUCGUGUUUGACCAGGACCUCAAGGUGAAGCAGACAGGUGUGAACAUCCAGAAGUUUGUCCCCGGUCUGCAGACCAAAGACAUCCGCAUCGAUGAGUACUUCACCAUCGUCCACCCCCAGGUGACCUUCACCAUCGACAGCAUCAAGAAGUUCAUCAACAGUCAGUUUGUCCUGAAGACCCAGACGGAGAUGAUUCCUCAGCACCAGCGCACGGCCCUCAAGCUAAGAGGCCAGAUGGUGUGGAUGCCCUCCCUGGCCUGCAUGCUGUACCUCUGCUCCCCUAAGCUCCGUAGCCUCCAGGAGCUGGAGGAACGAGGGCUCCACCUGGCCGACAUCGCCCCCCAUGACACCACACGCGACCUGAUCCUGCUCAACCAGCAGAGGCUGGCCGAGAUGGAGCUCAGCAACCAGCUGGAGAGAAAGAAGGAGGAGCUGAGGAUCCUGUCUCACCACCUGGCGGCGGAGAAGAAGAAGACGGAGACGCUGCUGUACGCCAUGCUGCCGCAGCAUGUGGCCAAUCAGCUGAGAGAGGGCCGCAAGGUGGAGGCAGGGGAGUUUGAGGUGUGCACCAUCCUGUUCAGCGACGUGGUCACCUUCACCAACAUCUGCUCCGCCUGCGAGCCCAUCCGCAUCGUCCACAUGCUGAACUCCAUGUACUCCCGCUUCGACCGCCUGUCCAGUGUCCACGACGUCUACAAGGUGGAGACCAUCGGUGAUGCAUAUAUGGUCGUGGGAGGAGUCCCGGUGCCCACACCUAGCCACGCCCACAGAGUGGCCAACUUUGCCCUAGGAAUGCGAUUGGCUGCCCGAGAAGUGACCAAUCCCGUGAGUGGGCAACCCAUACAGAUCCGGGUGGGGCUCCACACGGGCCCGGUCUUGGCUGGGGUGGUGGGGGACAAGAUGCCGCGCUACUGCCUGUUCGGGGACACGGUGAACACGGCCUCCAGGAUGGAGAGCCACGGCCUGCCGGACCACAUCCACCUCAGCCCCAGCACCUACAGUGUGCUGAGGGGUGAGGGUUUUGACCUCCGGGCGCGGGGGGAGAUCGAGGUGAAGGGCAAAGGUCAAAUGAUGACCUACUUCCUGUUUGAGAACCUGAGGGCGAGCGAGGCCGCCAUCAUGGGACGGGACGGGGCGGAGAGCGGCCUCUACGUAGAGAACCAGCCUGACAACCAGCCUGACAACCAGCGAGAGAACCAGCCUGACAACCAGCCAGAGAAUCAGCUGGAGAACCAGCCUGACAACCAGCAUGACAACCAGCGAGAGAACCAGCCAGAGAACCAGCGUGAGAACCAGCCAGAGAACCAGCCGGAGAACCAGCCGGAGAACCAGCCAGAGAACCAGCCGGAGAACCACCCAGAGAACCAGCCAGAGAACCAGCCGGAGCAACCAAACACCACGGAGACACGAGAACGGUGUGCUACACCGGCUACCAGUAAGUCAUCAUCAGAAGAGGACGCUAAGCUAACCAUGCUAAUGGCUGCCUCUCAGCGAGCAGUUACUCCUUACGAAUGGGACAUCACACCAACAUAUCACAGGAACAACGGAGAAGGUGGCAGUGGUGAUAUCGUCCUCAGCGCACGGAUCUGCCACCUGCUUUGAACGCCUCACCCUGUCUGACCCUCAAGCGCCCGGAUCUGCCACCUACUUUGAACGCCUCACCCUGUCUGACCCUCAAGCGCCCGUAUCUGCCACCUAUUUUGAAAGCCUCACCCUGCUUUGAGUGCCUCACCCUGCUUUGAGCGCCUCACCCUGCUUUGAAAACCUCACCGUGCUUUGAACGCCUCACCCUGCUUUGAACGCCUCACCCUGCUUUGAACGCCUCACCCUGCUUUGAACGCCUCACCCUGCUUUGAACGCCUCACCCUGCUUUGAACGCCUCACCGUGCUUUGAAUGCCUCACCCUGCCUUCAACGCCUCACCCCGCCCGACACUCAGGUGCUGUUCAGAUGUUUUACGCUGCACUAUGGAAUUUUCUUAAUAUCACUGUUUCGGCAGGUUGUCGAAACAUUGCACGAUCACGAUCAAGUUUGAUCAAACUAAAUCUAAUUACAACGAAAAUAGGACCACUUAGUCCUUCUAAUUAUCACAAAAAUAUAUUAUCCUAAGGUGUAUGCGUGUUUCAAUUCAAACAAAAAUAUUAUAUUCAAUCGUGUAUCUUUGUAUAAUAAUUAUUAUAGGCUACUCGUGUUCAAGUUCGUGUUUGUUGUAAAAAAGAAUUAUCACUUUAUUGUUCGUAAUUUUCUUCUGACAAAUGUACUUUUGAUUUUAAAUCACUGUGGAUAAAAGCGUUGGCUUAAUGCCCGAAAUGUAAUGUAUAUAA